AUGAAUUUAUUGAACAUCGCCAAACAUCUUCUUCGUUUGACUCAAACUAAAUAUGGAUCUGAAAAUUCUGCAACAACUACCGAUGAAAUUUUUGUUGCAGAACGAUUAUUUCAAGUUCUAAAGUCAUUUAAAGGUAGCUACUUCAGUGAGCUAUAUACUUAUGAUACUCUCGAAUUUGAAGAUGAAUAUGAUGAAAUGACUGAUGCAGAAGAGAGCAACGAUGAUAUGACCAAUGAAGAAGACACUGACGAUGAAAUGGAUGAUUAUGAUGAGACUGAUCAUUCUGAUUUAAAAAAUCGUUUUACAUUAGAAGAAAUGGAAAAUAUAAUCGAAUGGGUUGACGAACAUCCGAAUGUCAGAUUUGCAACUAUUUCUAAUCGAUUUAAAAAGAUCAAAUUCAUGAAUUAUAUUACAAAACUUAGAGAAUAUAUCGAAAACGACGGCACAAGAUUAGAAAAAUUAAAACAAAUUAAAGCAUUUAUGUUUGACGAAUUUUAUCUGAAAAGAACCAUUGAAAAGGAAGCCCUUCAUGGUACUGAUCUUGAACUCUAUGCAAUUCAAAAAGCAAGAGAAUUAAAUUGGGAUACAUUCAAGGCAAAUCCUGAAACAGCUGAUAAUUUGCGAGAACGACAAGAAAAAGAAGAGCUAAAACCUUGUAUUUUUUGUGAUCUAGCUGUUCCUAAUAAUGGUGAUUGUGUGGCUCAAGGGAAUUUAACCUUAAUUUUUGUUGCAACUUAUACUCUAGAUUACUUUCUAUUAUUUAUUCGUCUUGUUUUUCUCAAAAGUAACCAUUUACAAAAUUUUCUCAAAGCUUCAACACGACAAAACAUCGUGACUGAAACACUUCUUCAAAUGAAACCUUCAUUGUGUGCAUUAGAUUGGAAUAUGGCACGUUUUCUUUGGGCAAAAAUGACCGGUGUUGUUGAUCGAGCAUUGAAUGAGCAGCAUCGAAGUGCCACAUUAUUUAAAAACUUAAAGGUAUGUCAAUAGACAGCUGUGUCUUUUUCUUUUCUCUAAAUUAUAUUGAAACAACACAAGCUCAAUAUGUACGAGAGUAAAAAUAUCAAAUUCCUUUCCUUGAUAUAUUCAAAAUUAGUUUAUUAAAGAUAGUACAACUAUUAAUUAGCAAUCUUGUAUACCUAUUAACAGAUAUAUGUUCACAAAGAAUCUUGAUUCUACUCGUUUACAUACUUCAGUAAGUGUAUCUGAUAAUGUUUUAGAAUAAAAUGGAAAAAGAUCUUUAUGAAUGGCAACUGGUUGAGAAUCGUCGUAUUGAAGAAAAGAUGGUGGCCAAUAUUUACGUAAAUUGUUUCGGCUCUAAAGAUGAAUUUUUUGAAAAUCAUUUGGCUAAUCUCAUAUAAAAGUAUAAAGUUGAAACAACCUGCAACAGUACUCAAUGUAUCAUGAAAAGAAAAAUAUUUCAAAAUACAUAUUUGUCAUUCAAGUAAAUAUUCAUUUAAUAUUUAACGUUCAAAUAUAAUCCUCAUUGAUUAGAUUGUAAAUUCACUAGAUUCUAAAAAUAUGUAAUUCUGGAAAAACCAGCAUCAAAUGAAAUGAUGAGGACUGAACUUGAUUAAUAAUAAGAAACAUCCACUCAAGUUCAGUUAAAGUCUCUCUAAUAUAUUCACAGAUAUUUUUCUUGCUACUUAUUUAUUGUAGUUAAAUUAUAGAUAAAGUAUACCUGAAUGAAUUCGGUACAGUGUAGCGAUCAAUAAUUCGAUUUCAGUUCAUCAGUCUCGUUGACUUCUCUUAGGCAAUGGUUUAAUCGAUUUCGCAGCUUUCAGAAUCCAAAACUUAGACUGAUAUUCAAAAUAUUUUCUUCUCUAUUUUAUCUUUGGUUUUCAAAACAAUGAGUUGACGUCGAUAAAAAUUGUAUUUUUACGAUAGUUGAGGAAUAAAGUAAAAAUCAAAAGAUCAAGAGAAAGUUUAGAUUCAGUUGUUUUUUUUCUAAUAAGAUACGUUUCUGAAUUCUUAAACGAUUGAUUUUUUUUAAUACUUAGCGUAAUUAAUGGCCAUCUACAGAGUCCAGUUAUUGCUCAAUAAGAUACUCGAUAUCCAGAAAAGUGUGGUGUUGAAUUAGCGAAGUGGUCAACGAAUACACAAGUCCCGAAACAUGCUGAGCUGAAAUACUUGAAGAAAAUAAACAUCAUAGAAGAUUAUAAUCAUCUAGAUGAAUCAGAGUAAGUUUCAUUAAAAACAGAUUUUGUAAACAAAAUCUCUGAUUUUGUAGUCUUCAUGUUGUGUGUGCUGGUCAACAUUCGUCUGGUAUUCCAGCGUUUUUAACCAGUACUUAUCUACCAAUCUUGAUGAUUUCUACUAUCGAUGCAGUCAUUACAACUUCGAAUGUUCCACAUAAUAUUUAUGUGAAACAAGAAAAGUAAGCAUGAUUUAAUAGAAUCAUUACAAAAAUUAUAGAUAUAAAAUCUAACUGCAUUAUUUAGGCAUAUAUUACUCGGCACAACCAGUGAUAAACCUGGUCACUUCAUAGGCAUGGUGUCAUGCAUCGAUCACAAACAGAACAAUAUGAUUGACGAUGUUUUCAGAAACAACAACGGCACACAUAUAUUAUCAAAAGCAUUUUAUAUUAAAUCAUGAUAAACUACAGGGUGUCUCAAAAAGCGUGUCCACUUAAGAAUUAUGUAUAACUUCCUUAUUAAUCCAGUGUAAUCCAAUCAUUUUUUUUUAUUGGAAAGAGAAGAGCAGUAAGUUUUUUUUCAUAAAGACAAAGUUCAUAAAUAUUCUUGAAAAGUAAUUCAUUUGACUUCGAUACAAAAAAUUGACAUGUUUUACAAUUAAAAAGAAUCAUGGAGCAUUUUAUUUUUAUUAUAUCGAUUUGUAGAAUUAUUCUAGUUUUUAAGUCAUAGAGGUUUUUUACGAUUAUAUUGUAGACAUUUGGUUCGAGACGGGCUCAUAGAUAGAAGCUCAAUGAUGUAAAGUUUAAUGAAGGAGGAGCCCAUGAUAUUGGUUCACUUUUUACGACCUACUGUCAAUGAUUGAACACUAACUCAAAAGAAUUAUUUUGCAAUGCUUCGGAGUUUCUCUUGUCUGAUUUUACAGAAGAAACGGUUAAGUAACCCAUCAUUUCUCAGCAAGAUAGACCAUUAGCCCAUUUCUCCAAAGCGGUUCGUGUGCGGAUGAAUGAAAUCUUCUGUGGCAGGAAAGUCAAAAAAUAUAGACCAACAUCAUGAAACUCUCGAUCGCUAAACUUCACACGAUUGGACUUGUAUUUAUGAGUCCGCCUCAAACCAAAUGUCUACAAUAUAAUCGUAAAAAACCUCUAUGACUUAAAAACUAGAAUAAUUCUACAAAUCGAUAUAAUAAAAAUAAAAUGCUCUAUGAUUCUUUUUAAUUGUAAAACAUGUUAAUUUUUUGUAUCGAAGUCAAAUGGAUUACUUUUCAAGGAUAUUUAUGAACUUUGUCUUUAUGAAAAAAAAACUUACUGCUCUUCUCUUUCCAAUAAAAAAAAAUUAUUGGAUUAAACUGGAUUAAUAAGGAAGUUAUACGUAAUUCUUAAGUGGACACGAUUUAUGGGACACCCUGUAUGUGUGAUUGUUCAUAUUUUUUUCCUUUUUAUCCCUCAUAUUUUUCUUAUAUCGUUCAUAUAAGCCCCAUAUACAUUUUGUUGAAUGGUUUAAUAUGAUUUUUAUUUUUUGUGAAAACCUUGUUUUUUUCUUUCCUGUGGACUUGGAUAAUUCUAAUAAAAUAUUUCUUGCAAUAGAACAUUAAAUCUGUUAACACA